GAUCCAGAGCAUAAAAUAAAGGGUAACAUAAAAAGAUGAUUGGAACCAUUUGCAGGCCAGUAGAGUUGCGAUGAGUUCCGGCAGGACCAACCCCUAUCCUCCCUAGUUUUCGUUCUCAACAACGAUGAACACCCGUGUCCCCCAAGAAACUAAGGCGAUCGGGACAAGGUUCGACGUUUUUCCACCAGUGCAGCGUCUUUGGUUUCCCUUGCUUCCCUGUUGUGUCGAGUGUGUCUCUACUUUUCCGGUUCCUUUCUAGUUGUCUUUGGGUGUCCUCACUAGUUUCUGGGGCACCGUCUAUGGAAUCUCUGAUGUUAAAAAAUACAAAAUAAAGAAAAAUUCAAGAAUGGGUGAAAAACAGAGAUGGAUAGGACACUACUCUAGCUCUCAUAAGAUAUUGUUGGUUGGAGAGGGAGACUUCUCAUUUUCUGCUUGUUUGGCCCGAGCUUUUCGCUCUGCGACUAACAUGGUUGCAACCACUUUUGAAUCGGAAGAUACUCUAUUGAAGGAACAUUGGAGCAGUGAGGCACAUGUGGAUGAGUUGCAGAGAAGAGGAUGCUUGGUGUUACAUGAAGUUGAUGCAUAUGACAUGGACCAGCAUCCCACCCUUAUGUUCAUGAAAUUUGAUAUUAUCGUCUUCAACUUUCCUCAUGCAGGCCAUGACUAUUGGCUAUGCGAAAGAGACAAUGAGCUCAUCCGGCACAGGGGUUUGCUAGAAGCAUUUUUCCGAAGUGCCAGUGGGAUGCUGGGCGAAGGUGGGGAAAUUCAUGUUUCACACAGAGACGGCUACCCUUAUGAUAAUUGGAAGUUGAAGAAGCUUGCUAAGAAAGCCGGCCUGGUUUUGAAAGAGAAAGUGUGGUUCGAAAAGUCGGACUACCCUGGCUACCACCAGAAGAGAGGUGGAGGCAUCGAGAGCAACAAAACAUUUCCUCUCAAAGAAUGUUACACCUUCAAGUUUUCUCUGAAACAAGAAGCAAGUCGUGAAUUAGUGCCUGAGGUUCCCGCUGAUUUUGUAAAGAUGAGUGGAUGUGAGUUCAGGGUCUCAAUCUCAAACAGCGUGAGAAAGACGAUCCAGGACAUCAAGGAGAUAACGGGAAGUCAUAGUGAGGAGGAAAUCUAUGCAAUGCUCAAGAGAUGUUACAUGGAUCCCAACGAGACCGCCCAGAAGCUUCCUCUUCAGGAUCCAUUUCAUGAGGUCAAAAGGAAACGUGACAAGAGAAAAGAGAAUCUGAACAACAUAGAGUCUGCAGAGUCGCCGUGGAGACCUGGAAUGCAGGGACGGGAAGGUAAGAGCGGUUGGGUGAAUUUCUCACCUCGUUAUAUGUCACAUGAUGCUGGUGAUGGUAGAAAUUCGGCUCCUCGAGUUGCUUCCUCUUUUCCAAUCUCUCGUAAGACAAAAAAUAAACAGAGAAGUCUGGUAACAAGCUCUCGACCGAUCAUUGUGGAUGGUCCUACCAAUGUGGCUGAUCACUACAAGAAAAAACCCUUUUAGCGACCAAACGUUUUUGGUCGCCUAAUGUAUGUUUUUAGUCGUUGAUUAAUAUUGCCGACAAAAAUUUCGUCGCAAUCUAGUCGUCGUAGAAGGGGCGUCGUAGAUACUAGAAACAACGACAAGAAACUAUUUUGGUCGGUGAUUCUUAUAAGCAACCAAUAGUUCUCGUCGCCCAUUUCUCA